AAUCUGGAUAUCGUAUGCCAAUCCGAAGCAGAGCACUCAUGUGGUAUCCGCCGGCGUCACUUAAUUUGCUGAUGGUAAGUGUGGUAGCAACCAGCGUUGAAAGGAUAGGCAAAGCAGCGAAGCAGUAAACGUUGUAGUUAAAUAGUGAGGUGAUAGUGUAGUCCAUAACGCCACACAACCGCACUACACCGGAAGCUAAAGCGGCGCACCAAUCAAACCUUCACCGAUUCAACGAUGCCGCUGCUCAGGCGGCAGGUGCUCCAAAAAACAUCCACCGCGGAACGGCUUCGCGAUAGCGAUGAGGUGCUAUUCUGUCAGCCAACCGGGGAGAUAUUCAGCAAUUAUGAGGACUACUUUCAUCGCAUCAUGCUUAUAUCGUCGAUGGUGUGGAGCUGUGCGAUGACCGGGCGGCCAAAUCUAACCUAUACGGAAGCGCUUGAAUCGGAAAAGGCCGCCCGGAAGUUGCUGAAAACGUUUCCCGCUGCCGUGAAGGGGCCGUUUCUGCUGAUUGCUUCGCACACUCAGCGCACCUCGAUUAACGAAAUGCACGAGGACGUGUAUGGUUUCGUGAAGGAUCGUCUGUUCAAAGGCGAGAUCGUUGAUGCGAUGGAUUUGACGCGCAAAGCGUUUCGCCCCGCCGUCAUUUCGAACGUUCUACCGGACAACACCCAAGGCGCCAGUACAGUUAUGUACCAAGUGACGGCCGACGAUAAUAUGGUACCGAGCGUGUGGAACGUCACACCCAGCAAUGUGAAACGCGACCGUAGCACUCUGACGCGAGAUAAAUGUAAACUCUUCCUAAAGCAACACGUUGAAGCUGGCCCUGGAGGGCAGCUGCGUAUCAAGGCGGACUCGCUGGCUAAGUUCGUGACUGGCGAAGGCUGGACCGAUGAUCAGGUAUUUUUGGGCCAGACACCGAACUUCGAGCAAUCUAAGCGUCUAAAACAAAAUGCUGAGCGUAGUGAAGUCAGUGGCGCCAGCAAGCCGCCUAAGAAAAAGGCAACCUCCACUGAAAAAGUAACUAAAAUGGGCCCAGUCGAUGGAGAGAAACAGCAGCAGGGCGAGAAAUCGAAGAAAACAAAAAAACAAUCAACAAAGAUGAUGGAGCAGAAGGGAAAGGUGAAACAAAAGAGCAGCACCGGCAAACAGCAAAGCAUUGCAAAGUACAUCGAAACAUCGACCGAGUCUGCGGUGUUGGAUGCAAAGGCGAAAAAAAUGGCACGAGAAGUGGCCCUUCAAAAGCUAAAGCAGGAGCAGGAAACGUUGGCCAAGAAGCGGUUGGAGGAGGAAAAGGCUCUGUUACUACAGCAAGCCACACUGGCUCUAAAGAAGUACAACGCCGUAUUGGAAGACCAAGAGCUGAUCGAUCAGCGACCGAUGCCGGCGGUCCGUUCAGUGCGGCCACUGAUCAUGUCCAAGCACUUCGGUAACUUUGUUUUCAUAUUAGAGUUUCUAAACUCCUUUUCCGAUAUGCUUGCCAUACGAAGCAAAUUUUCCGGCGGCUUAACAAUGCAUCUGCUAGAGCGGGCCCUCAUUCUGCGUGAGGUGAAUGGACCGCUGAGUGACAUCUUUAAGGUGCUGCUGAGCGCGAUAUUUACCCAACAACUGGAGGAGGAGAACGAGGUGGACGUUGGGUACGAGCGCGUGGAGAGUCUCGGCCUCAAACGGCAAACGGUGCCAGAUCAGGCACGCGCACGCGAUACGGUUCUCUGGUGCGAGAAGCACUACUGCACGAAGCUGAGCGAAAUGCCAAUAGACGCGACGACGGUAUCUGAGUUGUUGCGCCUGCACUUUCUUUCGUCUGGUGCACUCGUCGAGGAGAAGGCCGCCAAACACCGGUAUUAUAAUCGGGGCGGGUACAGUAGCGCGGACGAUCCCGGGUUAAGGUUGGUUCGUGACUAUCCGCAUAUUUUUCGUGCGCUUAAUUCCCACUCAGUCUACCAACUAUCGAUCGGCGACAUUAUUCAGAUCCUGUGCUGUCUAAUUCACCAGCUGCUCACGUACAGUGGUGUCCGAGAGUUGGUGGAAGAGCGAGUAGAACGGGCGCGAACAGCACGGUACAAUUACCAAACAAACCGGUACGCACAACGCCGGCUGACGGUAAAGACAGGCUCGCAGAAGAAUCAAGCACGCGAAGACAUGAAACGCGAGCUGGCCGCAUUCGAGGGCGAUAUCGCGGCCAAGGAGGAACACCGAAAGAAGCUGAUGGAGCUCGUGAAAGCGCAAAACAACCGGAUCGACGCAGAGGCGGCACGCGAGAUGAAGGUACUGCAAACGCAAUCGAAACGGUUAAAGGAAGAUUUCUUUGACUACCAGAUCUAUCUCGGUUCGGAUCGAUGCUUCCGCAAGUAUUGGCUUUUUGAAUCGUUGCCGGGAUUGUUUGUAGAGCAUGAUCGGACGUAUGCGGGCCGCUGCUUGGAUCGACCAACUCCAAACAUUCCGGGACUGGCGUUCUGUGCCCCAGAUCAGCGCAAGAAGUACAUUACCAAAGCCAUCAUGCGGUGUGCCGGUACGGAUGGUGUCGCUGGCCUGCUCGAUGCGAAAGCCAUAGCGGGGGAGAAUCCGAAUCAGGACGACAGCGGUGGUCCGGUAGAGGAGGUGUACGAGCAGCUACUUACAUUGGGCAGUGCCGAGAUGGAGCGUAUCGGACGUCAAACAACGCAAACAAAAACGUUGAAUUCUCGUGCAAACUCGGAAGAACCUCGAUCCGAUGGGACGGUGAAUGGUGGGACCGUGGUUCACGUCCCCGAUAGCACACCACUGCCGCCACCAACCAACCAAGAGCUACUCAUGUGCACGGCCCAACCAGAUGACUGUUUAGUCCAUACGGAAACACACACACAAACAGUCAACUGGGGCUACUACGCGACGGCCGAGGAGUUGGAUGCGUUGAUACAAAGUCUAAAUGUGCGUGGCGCCCGCGAGAAGCAGCUUCGCGAAACGCUUGAAUGUGAGCGUGAUCUGAUUUUAACCCACAUCGAAAAGUGUCCCGUCGACAAGCUGUCGGUCAAUGAGUCUGAUCGAGCGGCGGUGUUGUCCGACAUUUGUAGCCGUAAUCAGAAACGGUAUGAUGCGCCCAAUUUCAGCUGCGAGCCAGGCACGGAUCCGAACGAGAUACUCGAGGCAGUGUUUCUGGAGAAUCUGCUGGAGCUGGAGGCCAAAAUUACGGUCGGUUAUCUGGGCGUAAUGCGGGUUCGAGAUCGGGACAAGUGGCGCAAAGCCCUGGAAGCUGCUACUUACGAUCCCCAGACGGACAAACCGCUCCAGUGGGGUCCGAAGCGGCUUGCCAAGCCAGAGGAAACGAAUGGCAGGGAAAGGCGAGAGCAGGACGUGGAACAGCCACAAGAUGAGGAAAAUGAUUCCGAUGAGCAUCCCAAUGACAAUGAUUCUGGUUGCGACAGUCUUGAGCGGCUGCUGUCGGAUGCGUCCAAUCCCGGUCACAGCCUGCCGGACACGACGGUCUCGCUACUAGAUGACACGCUAGCUACCGAUGAGAUAUCGUUCCCGGUACAUGUAUCUGAAAUGCUGAAACAGCGCGUACAUGCGUUUGCACGCGCCCUGUUGCAAGUGGCACAGUGUAUCGAUCAAAAGUUUCUGCGGCAUCCGUUCGGGCCGAAGAAGGAGCACAAGGAUAAGGCCGUCAUGAUGCAGAAGCAGUACCAGGGGCUGAAGAAUCUGGUCCAGUGGGAAAUGUCGCUGAUGCGUUCGACAUGUUUCGCGCAGCUUUUCUUACACUACAACGUGCUGUACGACGCGAUCCAUUGGUCACGUUCAGCCGAGCGUAUUUGCUGCAUGAUAUGCCGGCGCAAGGGUGAUCCGGGUUUGACGUUGCUUUGCGAUGAAUGUAACCGUGCCUGCCACACGUACUGUCUGAAGCCGAAGCUCAAGGAGGUGCCCGCCGGCGAUUGGUACUGUAUGCGCUGCCGGCCAGAAAAUUUCAAGGAGAAACGAGCCCCGGCGAAAAAAAAGAAAAUAUUCAAAUGGGUCGAGGAGGAAGAAGAAAUGUCGGAGGAUGAGGAAUCGGCGGAGGACGAUGGAACCAAACAAGAGGAGGAAGAACCGGAGGAGGAGGACCAGGACGAGGAGACAGAAGAGAUCGAGCAGGAUGAGGAGCAAGAGCCGGAGGAGAAACAGAUGGAAAUGGACGAUGCGGAGGAGCAGAGUGACGUUGACGAGGAGGAGGAUUCGCUAUCCGAUGCCAGUGACAGUGAUGAUGGCGGGGAAGAUGACGGCAGUGAUGAGGAAUAUCGGAUGAGACAACGGAAACAGCCGGCUGCAAAGGCAAAAUCUAACGCAAAAGCCAAACCGGCGAUAGUGGUAACAUCCACGGGGCGUAGCAGUCGUAGCACAGCUGUCACGAACGGUGCCUAUCGGUAUGAGGAAGACGAAGAAGGUGAAGAUUCAAACGACGAUCGGGAUGAACGAAGAAAGCGGCGAAAGGUAACACUGCCGAACGGUGGUGCCACGCUGCGCGCGGACACCAAACGUUCUGCCGCUGUGUCGGGCAGUACACGUGCUGCCAACCUAUCGAGCGCGAAGCGAAAACGAGCUCACACCGACGAACCAGAGCAAUCGUCACCCGCCAAUACGAGCAAACGGCUGCGUCGGACAGCACUCCCCAAUGGUGGGCAGAAGCUGAACGUUUCGGUUGCGACUGGAAGUGACGACGAUUCGGCGACAAAGAAGACUCGCGUUAGUGCACGGUCGACCAAAGGCCAGAGGCGUAUGUCCGUGUACCUCGGGGACGAGGAGGACGACACGCCGACGCGCAUGAGGAUUGGCGGUUCCGCCGCUCGACGAUCGCGUCGCACCGGUGAGGAUUUACCGCUGAACUCGGUUGCGCUAUACACACUGAUCGACGACAUCUUAAAGCACCCGAGCUCGUGGCCAUUUAACCGGCCAGUUUCGGCGAAGGAGGUACCGGACUAUUACGCUGUCAUCAAGAACCCAAUGGACUUUGCGCGUAUCAAGUCAAAGCUGAAUAUGGGCGACUACAAGAUCAACGAACAAAUGUUGAGCGAUGUGCAACUGGUGUUCCGUAACUGUGAUCUCUACAAUACCGACGAGACGGAUGUGUACCGAAUCGGCCAUGAGCUGGAGCAGUAUGUAGCGAAGCGGUGCAAAGAAUUAACACUCCCUUUCCAACCCAGUGACAUGCAGAAAUCCGGUCUCCGUCAUAAUGCUGCACCGUACAAAACCGUCAACGGAGUUGCCGGGGCUUAUGAAAAAUAGCAGAAGGGGGAAUCUGGUGCAGCUUCAUAAUCAACAGUCUCUGCAGCAGACAGGGGCAUGCUAGUAAACAGUACUACUUUUAUAACUUCCUCCAUCCCAUUGUUUGUUCCGUGUGUGUGUGUGCUUCACCAAGACACAAUCCGAAGGACAGGACCACCAGCAAACAAAGUCAAUGGGCUCGACAAACAGAGCAUGAUGUACUGACUAGAAACGGCUCUACAGGUGCUUUAUGUUGAAUAUUUACUUGUCCUAUAAAACAAUCGGAUGUUUAGUUCCAUACCACAGUUAGUUGCAUUGACACUUAAUAGAUACUAUGUUCUAUAAGUUGAGGUAUGGAAUGAAUUCCCAUCAUAACAUAAAACAUAAAAUGCAAUAUUCCCUCCAAAAACCUAUAAUGCUAAAGCUGGUCUGUUAAGUCGAGCAUGUAUUUGGCUUUUGGACCGCGUUCAACAAACACACAUCAUAACACCACGAACAAAGCAGCAUAUUAAAGGGGUGAUCAUUACUCAUUUGUGAACCUCGCAAAAAAGAAAACUGUUUUGCAACGGAAUGUUCUGUCGGGGAGGUAUUAUGAAUCUUUUUUCUCGGUUUAACGUGUUUCUCAAACACGUUGGCCAAACACCACAACAUAUUUGCAUCAAACAUCCUGUAAUAUGCACCCGAUACGCUGAAUAUAACUUAUUAGGGACAUUCCCCCGCAACACGCACGAACACGCAUGCUGCACCGUUCCACAUGGCAGCAUAUCCCUCCAAAAUCCCGAACUGCGAAGAUCACCAAAUUGUACAGAUAUUGCUUAUAAGAAGGAAGAUUCAUGUGUGUUUGUGUGUAGUGUACGGUUCUGUGUUCGUUUUAAAAUGUAUUUUAAGGAAAGUUUAUUUAAGUAAUUUGCCUGUAGAUGAAACAGAUAAUAAGAUGGAAUAAACUUGCCUGAAAU